AACAUAUUGACACCACCAACAUAAACAUAUAGUAACAUGCCUAUUGCUCCAAUCACCGGAACCUUGAGAAGAAAAAUCAUCACAGAUAUCACCAUCGGAUUUGGUUGUGGCUUUGUUUUGGCCACCGGAUAUUGGUACUUCGAGCACAAACCUUUGGUCGCCAAGAGAGAAGAGUUCUACAAGCAGUUGAAGGCCCAAAAGGAAGCUGAAGAGUCUGUCUAAACAGCGUCCCAAGCGUCCCAGUGGGAUGUCAGGGUUUUUGCCCUCCUGAAUCGCAUAUAGUCACUUGUGUAUUACCAUUAAUAUAAACUUACUACU